UAGAGGAAAACCACUUUGGUAGUGCCAGUGGGAAUCAUCCACAAUGAUUUCUCCAGCGCUCAUCUUGUUCUUGAGUUUUCUCUGCCAUGCUGCUAUUGCAGGACGGACCUGUCCCAGGCCAGAUGAUUUACCGUUUUCCACAGUUGUUCCAUUAAAAACGUCCUAUGAGCCAGGGGAGCAGAUAGUGUACUCCUGCCAGCCAGGCUAUGUGUCCCGGGGUGGGAUGAGACGGUUUACCUGCCCUCUCACAGGGAUGUGGCCCAUCAACACUCUGAAAUGUACACCCAGAGUCUGCCCUUUUGCUGGAAUCUUAGAAAAUGGAGCAGUACGCUAUACAACUUUUGAAUAUCCCAAUGCAAUCAGUUUUACUUGUAACCAUGGGUUUUAUCUGAAUGGAACUAAAUCUGUUACGUGCACUGAGGAAGGAAAAUGGAGUCAGGAGCUUCCUGUCUGUGCUCCCAUAACCUGCCCUCCACCACCUGUACCUAAUUUUGCAACACUUAGUGUCUAUAAGCCAUCACUUGGAAACAACUCCCUCUAUAGGGACACAGCAGUCUUUGAAUGUUUGCCACAUCAUGCGAUGUUUGGAAAUGACACAAUUACCUGCACAGCAUAUGGAAAUUGGACUGCAUUACCAGAAUGCAGGGAAGUAAAAUGCCCAUUCCCGGCAAGACCAGACAAUGGAUUUGUGAACUAUCCUGCAAAACAAGCACUUUAUUACAAGGACAAAGCCACAUAUGGUUGCCAUGAAACAUAUGCCCUGGAUGGCCCAGAAGAAGUAGAAUGCACCAAACAGGGGAACUGGUCUGCACAUCCAAGUUGUAAAGCAUCUUGUAAAUUACCUGUUAAAAAAGCCACUGUGAUAUACCAAGGAGAGAGAGUAAAGCUGCAGGAAAAAUUUAAGAAUGGAAUGCUGCAUGGUGACAAAGUUUCUUUCUUCUGCAAAAAUAAGGAAAAGAAGUGUAGCUAUACAGAGGAUGCUCAGUGUAUAGAUGGCACCAUUGAAAUCCCCAAAUGCUUCAAGGAACACAGUACUUUGGCUUUCUGGAAAACCGAUGCAUCAGAUGUAAAGCCAUGCUAAAUGUGGUUUUCGGAUUCAAAAUUAAAUGUCUUGUUUGUUCAAGGAACCUAAUGGAAGUGGAAAAAUAAAGUUACUGAAUUUAUUGCCUCA